GUGUGGGGUUGGUGUGAUCAGCUUCGCAGUCUGGAAAGCUUUAGGAGUUCACAGUUGAGUGGCCAUGAGUCGGGCCGUGGGAGUCCUGCGGGCCGGCCGGAGAGUGGGCGCCGCGAGAGUGAAUUGGCUGCGUCCCCGCCCGGCGGCGGGCCUCCCUCUCACGGGCGCUCGGGCCGUCCCCGCCGUGUGCAAGAUGGCAACCGUCAGGUGCGAGCUUAUCAAGAACGUCGCUUCCGAGGAGGCCGUGCCUCACAACAAGGUCUCCAUCAUCGGAACCGGAUCGGUUGGCAUGGCCUGUGCUAUCAGCAUCCUGUUAAGGGGCUUGACCGAUGAACUUGCCCUUGUGGAUGUGCAUGAAGACAAACUGAAGGGGGAGACGAUGGAUCUUCAACAUGGCAGCCCCUUCGUGAAAAUGCCAACUGUUGUGUCCAGCAGAGAUUACGUCGUCACUGCAAACUCCAGCCUCGUGAUCAUCACCGCAGGGGCGCGCCAGGAAAAAGGGGAAACACGGCUGAAUUUAGUCCAUCGAAAUGUGGACAUCUUUAAAUUAAUGAUAUCCAGUAUUACCCAAUAUAGCCCUCGCUGCAAAAUGAUCGUUGUUUCCAACCCAGUGGAUAUACUAACUUACGUGACCUGGAAGUUGAGCGAAUUUCCCCCAAACCGUGUUAUUGGAAGUGGUUGUAGUCUGGACACGGCCCGUUUCCGUUUCUUGAUUGGGCAGAAGCUCGGUAUCCACGCUGAAAGCUGUCAUGGGUGGGUCCUGGGAGAGCAUGGAGACUCGAGUGUGCCUGUGUGGAGUGGAGUGAACGUCGCUGGUGUCCCUCUGAAGAACCUGAACUCAGCCAUAGGAACUGAUCAAGAUCCUGAGCAGUGGAAGAAUGUCCACAAAGAUGUGGUCGCUAGUGCCUAUGAGAUUAUUAGAAUGAAAGAUUAUACUUCUUGGGCCAUUGGCCUAUCUGUAGCUGAUUUAACAGAAAGUAUUUUGAAGAAUCUUAGAAGAGUGCAUCCAGUUUCCACAUUAGUUAAGGGUCUCUAUGGAAUAAAUGAAGAAGUAUUCCUCAGUGUUCCGUGUAUCUUAGGAGAGAAUGGUAUUACAGACCUUAUAAAGAUAAAGCUGACCACAGAAGAAGAGGCUUCUCUGAAGAAGAGUGCAGAAACUCUUUGGGAAAUUCAGAAGGAGCUCAAGCUUUAAAGUUGUUGGAAACUACCUUUCUGAAGUUACUGAAAAAACAGGGUUUUGUUUGUCAAAAAAAAAAAUUUUUUUUAUAAGCUUUAAUUUCUACAAGUUGGAAACAGGAAAGAAUUUCUACAAGUUGGAAACAGGAAAGGAAGUAGAGAGUUGCCCCCCAAGCUUUUUUUUUUAGCAUCUAGAUGUCAGGAUGCUUUUUUCCCCCAUAGUUCCUAAGUGACGGCAUCGAAGGAAGUGUUUUUGUACCACAGAUGUACCAGCACGUGCUAUGUGUGUGUGUGUGUGUAUUUGCUCUUUGGUCCAAAAAGGAUUAGGAUAUAGGCAUUUGUGUUAUAGAAAUGAUAAUUUUCAUUAAGUACAUGUUCUUUCAUUCUGGAUGGCUUAC